CGGACAGGGAGGAUCGGAGGGAGGACGAGCCAUGGGCAGAGAGGCGGGAGCCCACCACCAGGCUGCUCCCGGCCAUGGCGAGAUGGAGGCGGCCCACGAGCACGAGCACGGCCACAGGAAGCGGCGGGUGCCGCGGAUCUGGGAGCGGCAGCGGCGCAAGAGCACCGGCCUGGUGUGGGCGAUGGUGAUCCUGUGCACGCUGCUGGCCAUCGGCGUCAUCGUCGCCGGCGCCACGGUGUUCGCUGUCUACCUGCUGUACAAGCCCAAGAUGCCGUACCUGCUGGUCUCUGACGCGCGGCUGGAGCGCCUCGAGUACGGGCAGUCGGGCACCAUCCUGGACCUGCAGCUGGCGCUCACCAUCCAGGCCGAGAACACCAACUCCAAGACCGACGCCACCUUCUCCGGGGUCAACCUCGUCGUCGGCUUCCACGGCGCCGACGUCGCCCUGCUGCGGGCCGGGACUUUCUCCGUCGCGCGCCGCAGCGCCGUGCCGCUGCGGUACCAGGUGGUGUCGGUGGGGCGGCAGCUCAGCCCCGACGGGAUGCAGUACAUGGACGGCGCGCUCCGGGCCGGCGUCGUGCCGCUCGACCUCUUCGGCAAGGCGCGCACCACCUGGAAGGUGGGCAUCUUCGCCUCGCUCCAGUUCUGGACGCGCAUCUCCUGCCGCUUCCUCUUCAACUACCCCGGCAACGGCACCGCCAUGCCCAUCGACUGCCGCUCCAAGUCGCCGUAGCAGCGCCACCAUUCAUCAUUUCUUCGUUCAUUCCACAGCAACAAUUGGCAGAUCAAUGCGCCACACUUGUACAGGCGAAUAAUGCUGGUACAUAAAAUCCGCAGUGCAGGAACACACACACACACACAUUUGUAAUCUGUAAUUCAUUUUCUUCUUCCCAGUUAUUGUUGAAUUAGUGCAGUUCAGAGAGAUGAAGUUAUGAAUUGUGAUGAUACCAAUUCUUUGGUAAAAAAGGAGAAACAGGCUUCAAAAUAAUGUAAUUUCGUGAGCGUCACUGUAAUAAUCCAGUUAAUGAGGAGUCAAGUUUGACCUUG